UUCCUGUUAGCUUAAGCUACAGCUAACUAGCUGGGUACGUUGAAUAUUCUCUCGGGAACCGAUCAAACAUCAGUCUACACUCGUAAUAUGUUUCAGCCACAACAGUCAAUAAAGCGGAAGAAGCACGAAGUUAGAGUAAAGUCUGCGACAGCUGAGAAGGUUGUUAGCACAGCGGCUAACUGACGCUAGUCACUGGAGAAAGAAAAAAGUCAAAGUGAUGGAUGCUGCUUUCAAACCAGAAGUUUUCUGAAACGGAGCAGAGAUGCAGCAGCUGUUAGUGAGUAAUGAAGACAUUGUCCCUGAGCAGAAGAAAUGGAAUCCAAGCCUGGACCAAAAAGACUCAGAGCUUCCAAACAUUAAAGAGGAACAGGAGGAAGUCUGGAGUGAAGAUGAAGAAAAACCACAGUCAUCACAGCUUCUUCAAAGCCGAAGAGAUGAGAACACAGAAGUGGAGUUUCUUGUCAGCAACUUGAUUGAACGCAGAACACUGAAAAAGGAGGCUCAUGGAGAUGAUUGUGGAGGAUCAGAACCAGCCGGCAACUUGGGUCCAUGCAGGAAUUUACAACCUGAUACUGAUGACAUGCAGCAGUUACAAAUUAAAGAAGAAAUUCUCCCUGAACAGCAGCAAUGGAAUCUGAGUGUUGACCAGGAGGAUGUUAGAGUUGAAAAAGAGAAACUCUGGAUCAGUCAGCAUGGACAGCAGCUUCACCAACUAGAGAAGACUGAUGUUACCAAGUUCCCUUUCACUGUUGUCCUUGUGAAGCCUGAAAAUGAUGAUGAAAAACCACAGUCGUCACAGGUUCAUCAAAGCCAAAGUGAUGACAGCACAGAUGCCAAACCUGUUGGCAGCUGCUUAACUGCACAUAGAACACUGACAGCACAAGCUGAGGAAGACUAUGGAGGACAACAACCAGUCAGCAACUCGGGUCCAAAAAGUUGUUUACAUCCAGCUCCUAAUGGCAGAAGUUCAGACAGUUCUGAAACUGACGACAGUUGUGAAUGGAAACAGACCAGUGAAGACAGUCAGGAAAAAAGCUGUUUGUCUGUUAGUUGUAGUGGGUGCAAUGUUACUAAGAAACAGUUUCAUUUAUUUGAAUGUGGAAAAGUAUGUGGUCAUAUGAACUCUCCAAAGCAACACACAGGAAUGCAACCAAGUGAAAAACCUCUAAGUUGUACUGAAUGUGGUAAAAGAUUUGGACGGAAGAGCAAGUUGAUUGCACACAUGAGAAUUCAUACAGGAGAGAAACCCUUUGACUGUUCUGAGUGUGGCAAAAGAUUCAGUGUUAAGGGCAAUCUGGUUUCACAUAUGAGAAGUCAUUCAGGAGAAAAACCAUUCGUCUGUUCUGAAUGUGGUAAAAAAUUUAAGCAAAAUCGCAAUCUCAUUGAACACAUGGCAGUUCAUACAGAGGCCAAACCAUGUGUCUGUUCUGAAUGUGGUAAAGGAUUUGGACAGAACAGCAUUUUGAGGAGACACAUGAGAAUUCAUAAAGAGGCAAAAACAUUUGUCUGUUCCGAAUGUGGUAAAGGAUUUGGACAGAACAGCAUUCUGAUUACACACAUGAGAAUUCAUACAGGAGAGAAACCCUUUGACUGUUCUGACUGUGGGCAAAGAUUUAGACAGAAAAGCAAUCUGAUUGCACACAUGAGAGUUCAUACACAACAGAAACCAUUUGGCUGUUCAGAGUGUGAUAAAAGAUUUGGAAAGAAGAGCGAUGUGAAAAGGCACAUGAGAACUCAUACAGGAGAGAAACCAUUUGACUGUUCUGUGUGUGGUAAAAGAUUUGGACAGAAGGCAACUCAGGUCACACACAUGAAAAUUCAUACAGGGCAGAAACCAUUUGGUUGUUCUGAGUGUGGUAAAAAGUUUGGGUGGAAAGUCAGUCUUAUUGCACACAUGAAAAGUCAUAAGGAAACUACACCAAUGUAAUUUGGACCAUUGAGGAGAAAAAAAAAAGAUCUUUCACUGCUUUCCUUAUUCAGGGUAUGAGAAGUGGAGCAGGAGGUCAAAUACAGUAUUUGAGGAGAGUAUAAAAGAUCAGCAAUUAAGGGAAUGGUCACCAUCUUGAAGAGAGCCCUUGGAUACAAUGCCAUCAGUGUUUAGGGUGCCACUGUAGACCGUGGAUUUGGGGCCCAUUGCAUUCUAUUAAAAAGAAAUCCAAGAGAAAUGGGGGAAAAAACAAUUAAAAAAAUAGAAGUGGCUUAAAAAUGGAGAACUUUGUUCAACAAAUUAUUAAAAAAAAAAAGGCAGGGAUUUCAUGAUAAUCAAAGCAAAUUCUGUCAUGCAGCUGUUGAGAGUGUAGACCAUCUAAUAUCAGCAUGCCAGACCUUCUUGGCAGAGAGAUGUUAUACGUCCUGACACAAGAUCUGUAAAAGUCUACACUGAAAAGUAUGAAGGAACUGGAAGGGGAAGUAAAAGAGCAUCUGGUAGCAUGAGUCAGCUCCAGUCUCAUCCAGUGGAAAAGUAACUUAUCUUCUGUGACAAAGAGGUCAGAGCAAGAAAACAUAUCAGAGGUGCAAUAAAACCUGAUAUUAUAAUCUGGAACAAGCAAGAGAAAACAGCCAAAACUAUCUGUAAAACACCCAAUGACUAUGGCCUCAGUGGAACUGAAAGGGGAGGAUCACAAAAUACCAAAACCUUAAAAAUACCCUACAAACAACAUGGUCAUUGAAAGAAAUAGAUACAAUACCAGUUGUGGGGCAGCCUGGCUUAUGAAGAAGAACCUGAAGAAAUACCUUGAGGCAAUCCUUGGUCACUAAAGGGCCCAUGAGGUGCAGUUGUCAGCAAUUAAGGGAACAGUCGACAACUAUAGACCCCGGGUUUGAGGCCCAUUGCACUCUAUUAAAAAGAAAUACAGAAAUGGUUGGGGGGCGGCAUUUGGCCCUUAGAGCUGCAUAGCAACUCCACUAUACACCAAGUUUUAAUGCAUCUGUUUGUGUGUUAUCA